AUGUUUAGCGAAUCUCUCUGUAUUCUCUCAAGGCGUUUCCGCUACAACACCAAGUUUCCUGCCCUAGUUUCUUACAACAAACUUCCAUGGGAGGUUGUUAAUCAUGAAACUCCGCAAUUUCACAUGCACGUAGCGCCACAUUACGAGCAAUUGCUAACACUGGCAGCUUCAUCGCCAGUCCCCCACAUCAUAAGUAGCAAACACAUCGAUGUGCCACGAGAACACCGGCUUCGACUUCUUCCUGGCAUGCUUUAUUUACUGGAUGGUGACACCCUACCGGAGGAAUUCACUAUAAACCGCGUGCUGGAUCCAACAGCUUUGCAAUACUAUGGGAGGUUAAGUAGCCAAAUAGUCACCGUAGAGGCUGUCCGUAUGCUGGUGUCAGAUGAUCUUCGCCUUCUUUGUAACUGCAUAACAUUUAAGGGUCCUCUUCACCUGCCCGUUGCCCCCUAUGCCUCUCUCGCUUCCCUUAGAGGAGCGUCUCAAGGUGGGACCACUGGCAGUGAGACAGGUUCCAACUGCUUUACCUUGUAUCACUUUGUUAGACCCAACCGCCCGCCAAAGGAGUUACAGCUUGAGAAAUAUUACAUUCACGCCCCGUGUGUAGCACCGCUUUCAGAAUUUGCUUCGAACAGUGAUGAACGGGGAAACUGGAGGCCGCGGUUGCAAGCACCGAAGCGCACACAACGUGCCACACCACUUCCUGCUUAUAGGCCCCCACAAAGUUAUUUGAUGGGACUUGCUGAGCGCCUUGCAGUAGUUCCAGGAGGUUGCUUUGGUCGAAGGUCCCUCAUGUGGGGUCACUGGUUCUAA